GGAAACUCAAGACGCAGACACGAGACACGUCAGUGAGUUAGGAGGAGUCGACGUGUGCCAUUCUUCCCCUGAAGUUUUGGAUUUGGGCUUACUUGGGCCUGGGCUUGCGCUGGGCUUGGGAAGAUUCAAUAGAUCUGUGUCGUCAACCAUAACCAUAAGCUUCAGCCUUGAACUACCAAAACAUACGAGAAGAAUAGGUGGAGGACGCGACGACGACGACUGCGAUUGCCGGCGCCGGCCAUGAGUUCGAAUUCUUUGAAAGACGUAAGCAGGCUAUUGAAUGGGCUUUCUCUAGUUGCCCGAGAAUUGGCCAGACACGAUCCUCAGUCCAUCCUCAAGAAAGCUCUGCUCUCCUCCGGCCUCACCCGAGGCAAGGUCCGCUCCUUUUCUAAACCCAACCCCAUCCCUAUUCUUACCUCUGAGUCUUCUCAUCAACCUGAACCACAACCACAAUCACAAUCACAAUCACAAUCACAUCAAGAUCUCAAUGAUGAUGGAGUUCAACCUCCGCCAUCUCCAUCCGCAAGUUUCUCAUCAACGGACGUUACUGGCUUCAAUGACGAUCCUGUUGAUACAGUUACAGCUUCCGAAGCUCCAACUGUAGCGCCAUUAUCGAAGAGGCGGAAGCCCAGGGAGAGACGAGUUCCUUCAACACCGUUCUCCAGAGCACUCGGGUUUGCUGGUCUGGGAGCUGGGCUUGCAUGGGGCACUGUCGAGGAGUCUGCGAAGAGGCUCGUUUACGGCAGAGGUGAUACGGAAAAAGACAAAUCAGCUCUUUCACCAUUUCUCUCUGAAAAAAACGCAGAACGUUUGGCUCUCGCGCUCUGUAGGAUGCGUGGUGCAGCACUCAAAAUCGGCCAGAUGUUGAGUAUACAGGACGAGUCUCUUGUCCCUGCUCCGAUAUUGGCUGCUCUGGAUAUUGUGCGACAAGGUGCAGAUGUGAUGCCCAAAAACCAGCUCAGUCAAGUUUUGGACGCUGAAUUGGGUUCUCAAUGGUCCUCGAAAUUGAAAAGCUUUGAUUUUGAACCAAUGGCUGCCGCAAGCAUUGGCCAAGUGCACCGAGCUGUUACAAAGGAUGGUAUGGAUGUCGCAAUGAAAAUACAAUACCCUGGUGUCGCAGAUAGUAUUGAAAGUGAUAUUGAUAAUGUGAAACUUCUGUUAGAUUAUACAAAUCUCAUUCCAAAAGGACUUUACCUUGACAGAGCAAUUAAGGUUGCAAAAGAAGAGUUAUCUCGCGAAUGCGACUAUGUGUUGGAAGCAACAAAUCAAAAACGGUUUCGAGAACUGAUGUCCAAUAAACAAGGUUUCUAUGUCCCUAUGGUUGUGGAUGAUAUAUCAAGCAAAAGAGUGUUAACUACAGAGUUAGUUAGAGGGAUCCCAAUUGAUAAGGUGGCAUUGUUAUCCCAGGAAACUCGCAACUAUGUGGGCAAGAGGCUGCUGGAACUCACUUUAAUGGAGUUAUUUGUUUUUCAGUUCAUGCAGACCGAUCCUAACUGGAGUAAUUUCUUGUAUGAUGAGGAGACAAAAACAAUCAAUCUAAUUGACUUUGGAGCAGCUCGUGAUUACCCAAAACAUUUUGUUGAUGACUAUCUAAGAAUGGUUUUCGCAUGUGCAAAUGGAGAUAAAAAUAUGGUCAUUGAGAUGUCGAAGAGGCUUGGAUUCCUCUCAGGAAUGGAGUCAGAGAUAAUGCUAGAGACUCAUGUCCAAGCUGGUUUUGUUGUGGGGUUGCCUUUCUCGAGACCCGGUGGAUAUGACUUUCGGUCUGCCAAUAUCACACAAAGCCUUUCAAACCUCGGUGCGACAAUGCUGAAACACAGACUCACACCACCACCUGAUGAGGCGUACAGUCUACAUCGCAAGCUUUCUGGUGCUUUUUUGGCUUGUAUCAAGCUUGGGGCUGUUGUACCAUGCAGGGAAUUAUUACUCGAAAUAUACGAGCAUUAUCAGUUUGGUGAAGAAGGUGAUGAGAAACUAUCAAGUGGCAUUAUAUCUUGAUAAGAGUUUUUGAAUAGAUAACUAUACCUCUACACUGAUGGUUUUUUAGUAGGUAUUAAGUAAUAAUUGGCGGAUGCAAAUCUGCCAUCUAAGGUCCCAAAGUUGAGUUGCCAGGUCUUGAUAAAAUGUCAGAGUGAGACAUAAUGAAGCUAUAAUUCAAAUCAGACUACAGAAAAUUCAAUUCUUUAAAUAUGAGAGAGAGAGAGAGAGAGAGAGAGAGAGAGAGAGAGAGAGAGAGAGAGAGAGAGAGAGAGAGAGAGAGAGAGAGUCUAAUUUACGGGGCAUGCCAUUUGGAUGGAUGCAGUUGCAUUGAUAGAAAUUCCUUUUAUCACAGAGAAGUGUAAAGGACUUGUGUUUCAAAUUUUUGGUAGAGAGGAGACAUUAGAUUUAUUUACAUGAUUUCUUGUGUGCUUUACUUUUAUGUAAUAAUAUUCAAUAAUAAUAUAUAUGUAAAAAAUAAUGGAAAAUCAUAUGAUGUAAUUGAUGUUUAUCUAUAUAAUGCAUGUUCUGUCUA